AUGCUUGAUCCCAUUGAAGAUGGCUUUAUUGUUGGAAAACAUUUUACGCCCCGGAUCGCCGCCCCUAACCAGCGUCGUCGGCGAAAAACGAUCGCAUUUGGUAAUGAGGAAAACACUCCUCCAACGGCUGUCUCGAUGGACGUAACAAACUAUCACCCUUUGAAGGAGCGAAGGAUAACGCAACAAGGCAGCACCAUUUGCUCUGUGAAGGAUAUGGAUGUUUCAAGCACAACCAUGCAGGCCGCUUCCCGAGACGAAGUAGCGAAAUUAAGCAGUUACGGUACGACGAUGAACGUUUCUGGAGCAUCAUCCAGUGUGUCAGCGGGUACGCUUCACCGCCGUACCUUAUUUAUUCCCUCCGUCGAGGGAGCAAUGGAUGCAAGAAACUCCGCAGGUAUGACUAGCUGCCACGAGGUGUCCUCUAUCAUGUCUGAAAGACAGCGUACGUUCUGUACGCCGGGAAAUUCCACCCCAAUCGACCCCCUGGAGGUUAGCGAAACCCCACCGGAUAUGUCCGGCGUGGAAACUCGCUCUCAUUUAACGCAUGCCGAUGGCAGUAGCAUCGCAAAUCGUCCCAAUCCCGUUUCUAGCUCCACGCCACAAUCGCUCGUUAGCAACGGCGGUGACCGUCGAAAAACGCUUUUAGAGCAGUACAACGACACGCUAACCUUCAGCUCGACACGUGCCCCAAACAUCCGGCGGCGUACCGUGUUCGACAUCACCAUGGACAUAAUGGACCACCGGUUGUCGGAGAUUAAUCGCCAGGCGGCGGCAGCACGAGCGGAGGGCCAACAAACGCCAGCAAGAAACACUGCAGCACCAGCCACCCAACAGCAGGAUAACCCGGGGCUGCAAUCUCCACCACCGCUGGCAGUCCAAACAUCACUCGACACGUACUACCGGAAGUCCGCGAAGUCAUGCGAGAAAUCGGCAACAUCCAGCGUGGCGAUCGAAGCACCGAAAAAACGAAAACUUUUCAACAUACAACCGACGGGAACGGAUUCACCGAUAGCUGAGGUGCGUCAGAUUGCGGCAGUGACUCCCAAAACGGCAUCCAAACGUCGCUCCUUGGCACCGGUAGUAGCCGAGGGUUCAAAAAGCAUCACGGCAUCAGCGAAAAAGCGCCGAACGACAGGCAUUUUCGAAUCGCCAGCCCAGCAAAGGGUGCAGGGAUCGAGUAAAAGCCUUUUCCCCAUCGGUAGGGGUCUGCCAACGAUGGUUUCGCAGCGACCGCAACCACGGCAAUAUUUAGCUACGACCAAUCUUCAUAGUGAGCAGAAUGCGUUCGUGCAGGAGGCGAUUGCCUCGCUAAAUGGUUUCCUUGUGGAGCCCAACGUCACGGACAACACCACGCACCUGGUAACGCUUGAGACGCGUCGUACGAUAAACCUUCUCCGGGCACUGAUACGCGGCCUGUGGAUUGUCCGGUACGAGUGGAUCGUCGACUCUUACCGGGCCGGUUGCUGGCUGCCAGAAGAGUCCUUCGAAUUAAGGGAUUUCUCCGUAGCCGUGCAGAUCAAUCGCAGUGAGCGUCAAGCCUUCGGUAGUUGCUAUCGCAACGAGCUAUUUGGUGACUACGGUCCGUUUUGGGUAUCGCCGGGUUGCACCGUACCGGAAUUGCAGCUUCGCGAGCUGGUGUUGCUGUGUCGCGGCAAAAUUACGCGGAAUCGAACGCAGGCUAGGUUCAUUGUCGUAGAACCAAACGAUCCAGCACUGGAUGACGUGGAUGGUGCGCCAAACGAACAGCUAUACGUUACUCCUCUUUGGAUUCUGGAUAGUAUUACCAUCAAUAGGGUUAAGAAGCUCUCUAGAAAGUAUCGCCUACGAUAG